CACACUGACCUACUAGCUACCAAAACGACACAUCUACAUCAAAGGAAAAUCAACCAUCCCGAUCUUCGUGAGCAUCAUUUGACACGAUGGCCGACUCACCAGCAGCCACCAACGGCACCGACAAGCCUAAGAAGAUCACCUUUCGCUUCUGUCAAGAAUGCUCGAACAUGCUCUAUCCCCACGAAGAGACGUCCACGAACAAGCUCCUCUUCCAGUGCCGCUCCUGCCACUGGAAGGAAGACGCCCCCAUCUCCGUCAUCUACCGCAACGAAAUGAGCAACACGGUGGGCGAAACAGCCGGCAUCACACAGGAUGUCGCCCAAGAUCCCACGGUUGGUGGUUCCCGCGGUUCCCACACAUCUUCCUCUUCCCCCAGCAACCCUGUCCCCAACGACUCUGUGCAAGGCGCGCGGCUUCUCUCUCCCACGUCCAUGUCCGCCGACCCCUCCUCCGACUUCCCCCCGCUCAGUCCCCUCCUCCGCGCGCUCCCCCUCGACACGCCCGACUUCUGCACGAUGUGCGGACAGGAGAUCUUCUGCGUGACAUGCGGCGAGGAGGUCGAGACGGGGUGUUUCCUCGAGACGGAGGAGACUGAGGCAGACUCGGUCCGCACCCUGGCGGCGAUGUCGGGCGAGCGGACGAUCGGUUACGACUGCCUGCCCGACGCGUUGCGAUCGUCGAAUUUAGAUACCGAGCGAAUGGAGGAUUCCUGACCGCGAGAGACCGACCACGAAAGAACCAUCCCGUAUUCGCCCGAGAGAGAAGCCACGCCGUCUAUACACACUUCGUUCUAUACCCCUUAUUAAACACUGAGUUACCUCUUGUCAUGAUGAGUCCCUUACUCUCUACUAUAUUUGAUGCGUUUAUAUGCGUUUCCGUCUUCGUCUUGGUUUGAUAAGGCAAUUUCGGCAAACGCUGACUUCUGUUGGUUUCGGAUUUCUAGCUCCCCCGAGUCACGAAACCGUGCCCGAAUUGCCAGGAGACCGAGGCCGUCUUCUUUCAAAGUCAGCAACGGACCGCGGAGACAGGGAUGAAACUGUACUUUGUCUGCUGCAGCUGUGGACACGUG